GUCCGUCUGAGGUUUCAGCAAUUAUGAAAGUCAGCAGGAGCCCCACAUGUCCGGAUGCCUCAGUAGCAGCAAGUCUACCUACACCUCCUGUACCGAGGCACAGGAAGAGCCACAGCCUGGGAAACAACAUGAUGUGCCAGCUCAGCGUUGUGGAGAGCAAAAGUGCCACCUUCCCGACGGAGAGGCCGCGCCACCUCCUGGAUGACAGCGUCCUGGAGUCGCACAGCCCGGCACGCGGCGCACGGAGCUCGCCCUUCGCCAAUGGCCUGUCCAUAGAUAGCAGUGAAAGCUCAGAAUUUAGUGAGGAGCUGCCGUCAGGGCUUGAAAGGGGUCGUUUAUAUGCCACGCUGGGGCCUAACUGGAGGGUACCGAUCCGGAAUUCUCCUAGGAGUCGAAGCUGUGUCUACAGCCCAACAGGGGCCUGCAGCUGCACACUUGGUAGUUCUAUGGGCGUCAUUACCAUGGAAGGGCCAUUAAGAAGAAAAACAUUGCUCAAAGAAGGCAAGAAACCAACUCUCUCCUCAUGGACUAGAUACUGGGUUAUGCUUUCAGGAUCAACUCUUCUGUACUUUGGAGCAAAAUCUUUAAGAGGCACUGAAAGAAAACAUUAUAAAUCUACACCUGGUAAAAAAGUCUCCAUUGUGGACUGGAUGGUGGCCCUGCCUGAUGACCCUGAGCAUCCUGAUAUUUUCCAGCUAAAUAACCCUGACAAAGGCAAUGUUUACAAAUUCCAGACUGGUUCAAGGUUUCAUGCAAUAUUAUGGCAUAAGCAUUUGGAUGAUGCAUGCAAAAGCAACAAGCCUCAGGUACCUGCUAAUCUAAUGUCAUUCGAAUGA